CACAUUUGUUUUACUGGGUAACUGCAGUUGUUUGUGUUCGCACUGUCUCCAGCAGGGGGCGAUAAGCCAGCCCUGAUCGAGCAGAAGCGGGUGGGGGGGAAUACUGGUUAACAAACUCACACACACAUAUUUAGGUCACGCCAAAAGGACCAGCACUAAUAUUAGAGGCCACUGAUUUCAGAAGAGCUGCCAAGCAGCGCGGCAUAAAGUCAUCUUAACCAGGGGAUAGUCUGUCACAGGCGCUGGCAGGGAAAGCUCCUUUUUCCAUGUCGCUGUUGCCUCAUAUUGACAGCGCUGAGCAGCUUCUCCGUAGUAACACAGGGACACCGCUGGAUCCAAACACAGCACUGCUCCGCCGACCAUGAGUAUUUACAAGUACUUAUUCUGAGGACGCCAUAUGCACUCUUGCACACAUCUGUAAAUAUGUCUUUUUUAACCAUCCCAAGCCAGGAGGGCCUCUUUAAAACGAUUAAAAGCAGCAAGUCAACCGGGGAGGCAGAGGGUCGCUCACGCUCGGACUGCGAUGAGGAAAACGAUGACGAAGAGGACGAGGAUGAUGAUGAGGAUGAUGACAGCGAGCGUGUCCGCCUCAUCCCCAGGUGUUCCCCGGUGCCCAGGAAGCGAGGCGCGUCCAUCUUCGACGAGACAGCCGAGUACAUGCGGAUCCACCGCGCGCUCUCCGCGGGGAAGAGGGUGUCGUUCGCCGAUACAACAGGUGGAGAUCUGGUGUAUGUGCGCGAGUUCUUAGCCUUCGACUCGGACGAGGAGGACAGCGCAAAGUGGGAGGAGGAGGAGGCGAAAUACCGCAAAGCGGAGCGGCAGCCGACCUACAGGAUCCACCCGGAGUUUAGCGCUCCAGACAGCGGCGAGCUGCUGCGGAUUGUGCGCUCCAACAAAGUGGCGGUGGAGCAGAUCUCUCCGGUGGAGGAUGAGCCGCUAGCGUUCAGUGGAGUGAUCAGAGUUCUGAACAUCUCCUUCCACAAAGCGGUGUACAUCAGAUCCACCAUGGACAGUUGGGCCUCCUACUUUGACCACCCUGCAGAGUAUGUGCUUGGAUCAAACGAUGGAGACACUGAUCGGUUCUCCUUCAAGCUCUCCUUUGCGCCUCCUUACACCACGCACGGCUCUCGGAUUCAGUUUGUGGUGCGCUAUGAAACUUCUGAUGGUGAUUUCUGGGCCAAUAACUCCUCUCUGAAUUAUGCUGUGACCCUGCUUUUGUCCUAUGAAGAUGAUUCAGCCCAACCUGGCACUGAAAUGGCACAAAAAAGGAGCAUCUUGAAGACCCCCAGAGUCUGCAGUAUGGAUGAUGACUUCGCUUCAGGGGAUGAUCAGGAGAAAGAAGAAGCAGAGGAACCAGAGAAUUUCACAGCAGAACUGGUCAGGCCUUCAGCUGUGUGUCCAGUCAUCAUACAUCCUGAAAUUGAUGUGGAGAAAGCAGUUCACCAGUCUGGCUCCACUGGCGCACCUGAACCCGGGCCUCCUUCUGUUGGUGGUGCUCUGUCCACUCCCGCUGUAUUCCCAGAUGAACAAUCACCUUCAACGUCUUCCAAUGCUGACCUUCAAAUGUAUUCAGCCUAUGUACUGCAUGCUGGUGAAUUAAUCACUCCAGAUAAGUCUUUGCCUUCACAUUUUAUCCACAGGGAAUCUAUGAACCGCAUGUCAGAGCAGUCCGCGCACAGUAGUCCCACUGCAGCACAGUCUCUCUCCAGUCCUCCAUCUCAAGAAUCCAAGCAGAGAUCAGACGAGUCUCUGGCUGAGAGAGUGGAAAGCCCCACUACAGAAGCUCCCCCUGUAGCAGAGAUCAGUCUGCUGUUAACAGCAGGAGAAUAUUGGAUGGCUGCUGAGAGUGUCUCUUGUCCCAGUGUGACCGAAGGCCCGGAGCGAGAAGCUGUCGUGGGACUGAGUGAACUUGAAGAAAGAUUUUUUGAAAUUUCCACAAAAUCUGCAGCCCAUCAUGCAGACGGAAGAGCUGAGACUCCUGUGAGAGCAGAGAAUGAAGGUCAACUGUCACCUGAGCUUACUGAAAGCCCCUCAGUGAACAUUACUGAGGUGAACCAAGAUGUAUCUUCUCAAACUCCCUCAGCCUGGAAUGAGAAAGAAGAACCUGCUUACAUUUCUCUGCACACAUCAUUAGCAGAUCACCCUGAAGUCUUGUCAGAUGUUUCUGAGAUGAUGUUUGAAGAUGACUUCAGCAUUAAUCUGAUGCCAUGCAUCUUCUUUCUGACCGGAGUAGUUUCCCUCUCACUUGUGAUGCAGACACCCAGUGCUCUCUUCUUUAUUGGGCUGCUUCUGGUUUUGCACCUUUUCUAAAAUUUCCUCAAAACUUCAGUCUGAUUUCCUGUCAAAUGAAGUGCCUUUUAGUGAGUCAAAAAAAAAACAACGGGUUUAGCAAUGAGUGUCUCCUUCAAAUAAUGUGCAAAAUAUAAUUUACAAAGCUUUUUUUUUAAGUAUAUAGGGUGGUGGUGACAGUAUUUUACUUAGGAGAUGCAUAUUCAUUCAGCAGGGGCUAGAAGACUAUUUUAUUUUUAAGGGAAGAUAUUAGCAGCUAAAUUGCUGGGUAAACAUCAUAUGGAGGCUGCAAGGAUUUGAGUCUUCACCAGAGGUUUACUUUCCAGUGGGAUUAAAACCAAAAAACAGCUAGAGAUAGAGAACAUAGUUUAGGUUGAAGCAUUACUAUGGUGCAGGGGGUCCAGAGUCCACACUUUCUUCACUUAAAUCCAAUUUUGAACUUGUGGCAAGACUUAAAAGCUAAUGUUCACAGCUGUUUUUCAUCUAAUCUGAUUCUAUUCAAUUUUCCAGUUGUAAAACAACCCAGCAUUUUUAUUAACUUUAUCCUCUUCUUAAUAAUGAACUACUUUGGGUUGAUCAAAUAUAUGGAAUUAGAAUGGAAUACAUUAUAGUUCCAGGCUCUGAUCUAUCAAAAUAUGGAAAACCUUCAAGGGGAAAUAUAUGUUUUUUAACAAAGUCCACGUAAAAAUACUGCAGGUUAGGUUUUGACAAUAUGUAGAAGAAUAACAUGAAAGAGUAUUUUCUACAACAAUAUUAUGAUCACUUAGGUCAAAUGAAUUCUUAAAGGACACCCCUCAAAAUUAACUUUUUUAGAUCAACUAUUGAUGGAUGUCUUAUAAAGCUGUCUACAUGUCCUGGGCAUUACUUUGACAGUUCACUGCACAUUGUUGCAAUCCUGUUUUUAUGUUGAUAUUAUAUAUCCUGUCAUCUAACACCAACUUGCCACUCAGUAGCUGUCCCCAUUCUAUGGUGGGAUGCCUAGAGGCUAGGCUAUAGGGAUGGCCUUCCCAAUCUAUAGAGCCAGCGGCUCAAACCGGUGGGGCUCAUUUUUCUGUAUCCUGUCUCUGGUUAAGACAGUGGGGAGAAAUCUUCUGCCUCAUACGAUCGCUCCAUCACAACGCUAUCAUUGCUACACCUAUGCAUCCCCUCCUUAAGGCUAUUUUUUGAAUUAUUAUAAGUGGGUAAGUGAGGCUCUGGAACAGGGUUCAAUUGUCAUUUAUGUGUAGAUGAUUUGUGAAUUAUAUUUUUCUUGUGUGAAGAUAGAAUAUAUGGUUUCUUUCAGUCAGUAUUUCAAUGCACUUUUAAUUACAGCCAUCAAAUGUAGCAAAGGGUCUGAUGUUACUAUAUAAAAGCCAGAUGUAGUCGGUGUAGCUAGAAGUAAUGCCAGUGAGAAAGUGCCUUAAAGACUAAUACUACUGGUGAUCACAGGCGUUUAUCUUCAAAACAUUUUCACUUUGUAGGCACCACUUACCCUUAAAUAUACAUCUUCUAAAAUGUUUCAUUUGUUAUGUCUUUUGCUACAUGUAGUUUUCUUUAAAAAUGUUUUAAAAUGACCUUUUAACUGUUGUAGGACAAACCAGUCUUUUUAUUAAAAUUUUAAACCAUUCAUUUUUGCUGAUAGAAGUGUCACACAUUUAUUUUUGCUGUUAAUUGGAUAAUUAACCAACUUUCAAGUUUAUUAAGUGUCCUUAUUGUUUUACAAAGUGUAUAUUUUCUUAAUAAAUUCCAGUUCUUAAGCUACCAUUUGGCAAUUUAAAGGUGGAUGUUGUUUUAAGUGGUCCACAUAACUGAAUUGCUAAAAUCAUAUUCAUAAAGAAUUAUGAAUAUGAUCUUAAUUUGCCUGCUCUGCAGAUGAAUUGUGGAAUAUUAUGGUUCCAAAUAGAGUGCAAUAGGUCAAUAUAAGAAUUGGGAAUAGCACUGCGAGUGUUUUCGUAAGCUGACAAUUUCUUUUUCCUUGUAUCUGACUUUUCCAUUUGAACGUAUGAAUUACAAUUUGGUAAAUGAACUAUAACAUGCGCGGGGCUCAAGUCAAGUUCAGAUUACAAAUGUAUUUCACCAUCUUUUGUUUCCAACAUUGUGCUCUAAAUCCAAUAUGGCUGCAAUGCAUUUGAAAACACUAAUACUAACACUCAAUUUAUAUAUAUUUUUUUUUUUCUGAAAGGAUUACCUAAUUGAAAAAAGAAAAACAAAAAGACCUGCCAUUUGCUGCAGAAUUUAGAAUCUAAAAAGCAAAGGGAUGCUUCUUUUUGUCUUGAAUUGCUAAUAAUAUUUCCUUUGGUCAUUGAGCAACGGCGACUAAGGAGAUUAAUCCUACAAUUAUGGAAUGCCAACAUGAUUAAUUUAGCUCUUUAAUGUUUUUUGUGUGUGUUUUUAGUGAAAUAUGUACCUAGUUAGGAUACCGUACAUUAAGCCAUUGUUUGCAAAAAGGUGUGACUUGGACGCACAGCUAAUGUUAGUGCUACAGUUUUUUGCUUCUUGUGUUCAUUGGUUUGUUUUAAACACAGGAGUUUGAAUUUCCAAGUUUCAAAUAUAAGAAUCAACUCCAACAAUCCCUGUCUUUGAGAACCCAGCUGUGCAAAGUUAGACAUCCCUUAUCAACUAUGGGUUAAGUAUCCAAUGUGACCUCCAUGUGUAACAAAGCCUUUUAAUAGCUGUAGUAUUAAGCUUUUAUUUCAUUUUCUGAGUUGGUAUGUCUUAUAAUGGUAUAUUGUUGAACAUGCUUCUCAAUAUGUCAGAUGCACAAAUUGCACAGAAAUAGAUUAUUAUUCUGUAUAGUCAUAAGCACUGAUAGCUAUACAGGAUGCAUUAGAGAAUGCAGUUGGUGUUCAAACUCGCAACUUAAAUGAGGUUAGGUUUGGUGUAAUGUUGUUCUAAGUUCAAACCACUGACUUCCAGAGCACACUAUAAAUAAAACAAACUAUGCAUCACAGAAACCCAGUCUGUACCCUACCAAAUCUAACUGUAUGGAGAAAAAAUACCUAUUGCGAACAAUGCCUUGCAGCUAUGUGAUGCUAGUUUGAAUAUUUAAACUGCAUUUGACAUUAAAUAAAAGCUGCUAGCAGGACAGUUGGCAAAGUUUGGGUCAGUG